GUGCAACCAUGCGCCACUAAUCCUCAAUUACAUCUUGAUCAUGUCAAGAAAGUGUAAUCCCAGUGGCGGCCGAAUGCAAACUGCAAACCAAAGAGUCCCUAAAGGGGCUAAGAGAAGCAAAAAAGGUCGUGGGUGGUGGGAUCUCCAGGGUUGAAAAUGCAGCCUUCCGCUCGCAGUGUUUCCGAUGGGUUGGAAGACUGGAAGCCAGUCUGCUGCCUCUCUCUCUACACUCUCCUGUAUGCAUGGCUGGAUGGGGCAUAGGCGCCCCAAGACAGGGCGACAUUCCAGUCUCGAAGCGUCAACGGUCUGGUCGGAUUGCAAUCCUGCACGCGUCCAUCCCCUCUACACAUUCUUGAUGACCCCGAGAUUUUUAUUUCUCGGUCAGGGGUUCCCCCCUCUCCUUCACAUCAAACGACCCCUCUUCUUCAAGUCUCUUGGCCAGCAUGGGAAUGCAGAUGACCACCAGAUAGACAAGGGUUCCGUGACACCUUGAUUCUUGAGAGGAUAGCGGAUAAGAUAAUAUACAAGGGCCCUCGCGACAGUACCUCUGUCAUUCCCGAUCGGUGGCCGAGACUAAGACAGACCACGGCGAUGGACAU